AUGAAAAGCUGUACGGAAAGCGCAACCACCACGCGGUGGCGUGUCGGUUUUAGCGUGCUCAUGGCACUAGCGGCCAUGGCCUUAGCGACGGCACCAUCGCCUGUUUACAGUGCCGACAGUAGCGCGGACGGUAGUGAUUACUGCGAUCAGUCACUGUGCAAACCAAACCAUGCCCAUAUCGGGUGUAACGCCACGGACCAAUUCGGUGAACUUUGUCCCGCCGAGACGGUGCAGCUCGUGACCAUGGAGCCACCGCUGAAAGAGCUGAUCCUGAAACUGCACAAUGGGUUGCGCAGUGAGCUGGCGAGCGGAAAAAUGGAGGGAUUCGCCGGAGCGGAAAGGAUGGCUGUGCUGGUGUGGGACGAUGAGCUGGCCACCCUGGCCGAGUAUAACGCUCGUACGUGCCAGUACCUGCACGACGAAUGUCGCAGCACCAAGCGCUACCGGAACGCGGGCCAGAACAUUGGCCGGAAGUCGAGAACGGGCAAUGUCACCAUCGACCUGGAACGAGCCAUCACCGAUCUCACCAACAAGUGGUGGCAGGAGUACGUCGAAAGCAAUCAGACCGUCAUGGAUGACUAUCGCGCCGUUGGCGAAGGCGUGGAUGUGGGACAUUUCGCGCAGAUGGCUAGUGACCGCAUUACGAAGGUUGGCUGCGGUGCCACGCGCUAUUACAACGACGCAAGGAAGCGCUCGUACGUGUACUACGUCUGCAACUACUCACACAGCAACGAGCACGGUGAGCCCGUCUACCGGAAGGGAUCGCAGUGUGCCAAGUGUGCCGGUGGUAGCGAAUCGUCCGCCAGCUGCAGCACAACCUACCCGGGACUGUGCGAGGGCAUGGGCGACACGAUCGAUAAGGAGCUCUAUCCUGAUACCUCCGCAUCCUAA